GGGUGAACACCGUGAAUACAAGAGCGCCUCAGGGAUGCGCUUUGCCUCCAGAUUGAGAACUCAAAGAAAUUUACUGAAGACUGUCGGCACGGUGCAUCAUGUCAACGACUAGGUCGAUCAGCUCGGUGACUGGCUUGUUUGCGCCAUUGGCACUGCGUAGCCCACGCUUUCUCACAACCACAGCUCGCCCUUACGAGACUACGACGGUGACCAAGUUGAUCGAGCCGUCCAAGUCGACACUUCCUCCACUCGCAGUGCUGUCACGCAAAGCACUGCUGCGGUCCCUGUUGAUCAGCUUCAUCUGCUCGAAGCCUUAUCUUCUCACGCCAAGCAUCUCGUUCUUGACACUUCUCACAAACUCGAAGUCACCCCUUCUCAAUGUUGAACGCAAUAAGCCACUGGGCUGGAUCCUCAAGAAGACGCUCUACAAUCAGUUCUGCACGGGUGAAGAUGGUGCGGAAGUUCGCCAGACACUACGUGAGAUGAGAGGUCUGGGCUUCCGAGGGACCAUCUUGACCUAUGCCAAGGAAAUCGUCUUUGAUGAGAACAAGAAGGCAGAGCAAGGAGCGGAGGUGCAGUCUAGAAAAGACACCGAAAGAUGCGAGGGCAUAGAGUUCUGGCGAAAGGGAACGCUGGAGACAUUGGACAUGCUUGGCGAGGGGGACCAGCUGGCGAUCAAACUGACUGGGGCCGGACCACGUGUCACUGAAGCCUUCACUCAGAGCAAGCCGCUGCCCCCACAGAUGUUUGACGCCCUGACCAAGCUGUGCCAGAAAUGCAAGUCCAAGGGGGUGCAAAUCAUGAUCGACGCCGAGUCCCAACGGUUCCAAGACGGUAUUGCAGCGACGGCUCUCGACAUGAUGCGGUUGUUCAAUACAGACGGCUACGCGGUCAUUUAUAACACGUACCAAGCCUAUCUCAAAAGCACACCAAAGCUCGUCGAAUCCCAUCUCGCAGCCGCACAAGAGGAAGGCUUCACCUUGGGUCUGAAGCUGGUCAGGGGUGCUUACAUGGCUACCGAGCCUAGAUCUAUCAUCCACGACACCAAGGACGACACGGACCACGCGUACAAUUCGAUUGCUCUGGGUGCUAUCUCCAAGAAAUUCGGACCGUAUGGCACAACCAAACCGUUUCCUUCCCUGAACCUUCUUCUUGCGGGACACAACGUGCAAUCUGUUACCAUGGCGCACGAACUGCAUGCGUCCCGUCUGGCAAUGGGUCAGCCCACUGUCCCCGUUGCUUUUGCACAGCUGCAUGGCAUGGCGGACCGGGUGAGCUUUGAGCUUCUGAGGAAAGAGGGCGCGAACGUUUACAAGUGUUCCACGUGGGGAAGCAUGGGAGAGUGCAUUGGCUAUUUGAUGAGGCGUGCCCGGGAGAACAAGGAUGCAGCAGGGAGGACGGUGGAUGAAUACCGCGCUCUGAGAGGAGAAUUGAGCAGAAGGCUUAGGGGAUUUAUAUGGGCAUGAGACAGAGAAGUAUAGGGCUCCAUGGAAU